AUGAAGUUAUUAACCUUCCCGGGUCAAGGGACCUCCAUUUCCAUUUCGAUCUUAAAAGCGAUAAUAAGAAACAAAUCACAAGAAUUUCAAACAAUAUUCAGUCAGAACGGCAAGAACUCAAAUGAUCUAUUGCAGUACAUUUUUCAAAACCCUUCCAGCCCCGGAAGCAUAGCUGUUUGUUCCAACCUUUUUUAUCAAUUGUAUCAGAUACUCUCAUAUCCUUCGGAUUCUCAAGAUCACGCACUAAAAAAUACGUCCAAGAUUGAUGUGUCUAGUAAGAAGGAGAAUGAACAGUGCUACCUUUUGGGCCACUCGCUAGGCGAACUAACUUGUCUAAGUGUCAAUUCGCUGUUCUCGUUAAAAGACCUUUUCGAUAUUGCUAAUUUCAGAAACGAAUUGAUGGUAACAUCCACUGAAAAAUACUUAGUAGCGCACAAUAUCAACAGAUCUAACAAGUUUGAGAUGUGGGCACUAUCUUCACCAAGGGCCACCGAUUUACCUCAAGAGGUACAAAAGCUUUUGAAUUCCCCUAAUUUGCUAUCAUCUUCACAGAAUACUAUAUCUGUUGCAAAUGCCAAUUCAGUAAAGCAAUGUGUGGUUACUGGACUAGUUGAUGAUUUGGAGUCUUUGAGAACGGAAUUGAACCUAAGGUUCCCGCGCUUACGAAUCACAGAAUUGACUAACCCUUAUAAUAUUCCUUUUCAUAAUAGCACUGUAUUGAGACCCGUUCAAGAACCGCUCUAUGACUACAUAUGGGAUAUACUAAAAAAAAAUGGAACUCACACAUUAAUGGAGUUAAAUCAUCCAAUAAUAGCUAAUCUGGAUGGUAACAUCUCUUAUUACAUCCACCAUGCGUUAGAUAGAUUCGUUAAGUGUUCAAGCAGAACUGUGCAAUUCACUAUGUGCUACGAUACCAUCAAUUCUGGAACACCAGUAGAGAUUGACAAGAGCAUUUGCUUCGGUCCAGGUAACGUGAUCUACAAUCUUAUUAGGAGAAAUUGCCCCCAGGUGGACACUAUAGAAUACACCUCUUUGGCCACCAUAGAUGGAUAUCACAAAACAGUAGGAGAACAUGAAGGAUAA